AUGCAGAUUGGCUGGCCGCUGGAGGGAACUUUCGGCCUGCCCGUCAUCCAGGCUGUUAAAGAAGAAAUAAUGGCUCCUGACCCUCGGGGCCAUCUGGACCAAGCUCCCUACAUCCUGGUCCUGGUCGUGGAGACCUCUAAGGAAGAAGACCAGGAGGCACGGGAGAGCCGGAAGAAACCAAUACUCCAGAAGUCUUCUCUAUACCCUAACCUGAUUGAUUUAGACACUGAAAUCUCACCUCCCCCAUUUUUCCCGCCACCCUUGCUCCCGCAGUCCUGGGUAACUAUUAAUGUGGAGGAGAAACCGAUCAGCUUCAUGGUGGAUACGGGAGCCCAAUACUCAGUUCUCAGUCAAAAAUUUGGGCCAAUGUCCAAAAAGACUAGCUUGGUCCAGGGAGCCACCGGGACAAAGAGAUAUUACUGGACUACUAAACGAAAAGUGGACUGGGGAGCCCAACGGGUGUCCCACUCAUUUCUGGUGAUCCCGGAAUGUCCAGCCCCUUUAUUAGGAAGAGACCUAUUGGCCAAAGUCAAUGCGCAAAUUCACUUUGACUCUGGGGAGAUAUCAGUCACAGACGGGCUUGGACAACCAAUUCAUGUUUUAUCCCUGGCACUGAGAGAUGAAUACAGACUAUAUUCACCAAAGUCCCCUGCAGCUGUGGAUCCUGGUAUGCAGCAGUGGAUUCAGAAAUACCCUCUGGCCUGGGCAGAGGCAGCGGGAGUAGGACUGGCUAAACAAAGACCUCCCAUUGUUGCUGAAUUAAAAGCAAAUGCUACUCCUGUGAGGGUGAAACAGUAUCCCAUGAGCCAGGAGGCCCGGCAAGGAGUUAUGCCACACAUCCAGUGCCUCCUAAAGGCAGGAAUUCUCAAAAAGUGCUGGUCCCCAUGGAAUACUCCCCUGUUGCCUGUGAAAAAGCCCGGGGGAACAGACUUUAGACCAGUCCAAGAUCUUCGUGAAGUCAACAAACGGGUGAGUGACAUUCAUCCCACUGUCCCUAACCCAUAUACCCUCCUGAGCAGCUUGCCACCAGACUAUGUCUGGUAUACAAUUUUAGACUUGAAAGAUCCCUUUUUCAGCUUGCCUCUGGCUCCCCAGAGCCAGGAAAUCUUCGCAUUUGAAUGGGCUGGAGGACGGCCCAGCUGUGGGCAGCUGACCUGGACUCGCCUCCUACAGGGGUUCAAAAACUCGCCGACAUUCUUCAGUGAGGCUCUGGGCGAAGAUCUCUGUGAGUAUCGAACCAGCCACCCCGAAGUCGUUCUGUUGCAGUAUGUAGAUGACCUCAUACUGGCCGCUACGACUAAGGAGGCCCUGCUGCUGGAUGCUCCCCAGAUACACUUUCAAACACCUUGUUUUCUAAACCCUGCCACUCUGCUGCCCAUCCCAGAGGAGGACGGGCCCCUCCAUGACUGUGUUGAAGUGUUAGCUGAGGAUAAUACCACCCGUCCUGCUGGCGAAAACGGAAGGUAUCGGGACCAAGAUGACAACCUGUUGCUCCCUGCCGACCUGGGCAAACAUCUCUUCACCUUCCUGGACCCUGGGACCGUCAGCGGUAACCCUCAUCAACCAAUGAACCUGACUUGGAUGAUUCUGAGCGCAACUACGGGAGAAGCAAUUAACUCCACCUCGGCCAUUCAUCCCCAGAACACCUGGUGGCCGGACUUGGAGUUCGACCUCUGUCUUUUGGCCGUGGGAUCAUGGGACAUCGGCGAAUGGGAGUUCAUCUCUUCACACUCAACAGUGCUGCCUCCCCCAGCCAAGAAGUACAGCGUACCCAACCAGGCCAAGUUCCUGAAGCUGCCGCCUUCCUCUCCUCAAGGCCAGGGGCACACAUUCUGA